AUGGCGGCCGGAGUGGCUACAUGGCUGCCCUUUGCCCGGGCGGCCACAGUGGGCUGGCUGCCCCUGGCCAAGUCCCCGAUGCCCGGCGUCACCCAGCAGCGCCAGCGCAAGAGCGACGAGAUGCUGGUUGUCAACGUGAGCGGCCGGCGCUUUCAGACGUGGAAGGACACCUUGGACCGGUACCCGGACACCCUGCUGGGCAGCUCGGAGAAAGAGUUCUUCUUCAGCGAGGACACCCAGGAGUACUUCUUCGACCGGGACGCCGAGAUGUUCCGGCACAUCCUGAACUUCUACCGCACCGGCAAACUUCACUACCCCCGGCACGAGUGCAUCGCCGCCUUCGACGAGGAGCUGGCCUUCUUCGGGGUGGUUCCCGAGAUCAUCGGCGACUGCUGCAUGGAGGAGUACCGGGACCGCAAGAAGGAGAACGCCGAGCGGCUGGCGGAGGACACGGAAGCGGAGCACGCGGUCGACGCCCCCCUGCCGCCCAACAGCACCGGCCGCCAGCGGCUGUGGAGGGCCUUCGAGAACCCCCACACCAGCACGGUGGCCCUGGUCUUCUACUACGUGACGGGCUUCUUCAUCGCCGUGUCGGUCAUCGCCAACGUGGUGGAGACGGUGCCCUGCCAGCCGGCGCCCGGCGAGAAGGGCACGAGCUGCGGGGAGAAGUUCGGCCUGGCCUUUGUGUGCAUGGACACAGCCUGCGUCCUGAUCUUCACCCUGGAGUACCUGCUGCGCCUCUUUGCGGCCCCCGACCGCUGGGACUUUGUGCGCAGCGUCAUGAGCAUCAUCGACGUGGUCGCCAUCUUGCCCUACUACAUCGGCCUGGUCAUGCCCAAGAACGAGGACGUCAGCGGGGCCUUCGUCACCCUGCGGGUCUUCCGAGUCUUCCGCAUCUUCAAGUUCUCCCGGCACUCGCAGGGUCUCCGCAUCCUGGGCUACACCCUCAAGAGCUGCGCCUCGGAGCUGGGCUUUCUCCUCUUCUCCCUCACCAUGGCCAUCAUCAUCUUCGCCACCGUCAUGUACUACGCAGAGAAGAGCACCGAGGGCACCAACUUCAUCAGCAUCCCCGCAGCCUUCUGGUACACCAUCGUCACCAUGACAACCCUCGGCUACGGUGAUAUGGUGCCCAUGACAAUAGCCGGAAAAAUCUUCGGCUCAAUUUGUUCUCUGAGUGGAGUCCUGGUUAUCGCUCUGCCGGUUCCUGUCAUCGUUUCCAAUUUCAGUCGUAUCUAUCACCAAAACCAAAGGGCAGACAAGAUGAAGGCACAGCAGAAAGUCCGGUUGGCGAGGAUUCGCCUGGCGAAAUCCGGGACAACAAAUGCCUUCCUGAGAUACAAGGAACAUGGUGGAUUAAAUCCGGAUAAUGACUCCGAACAGCAGGCGAUCCUGGGCAAGCACCGCUCUGCCUUCGAGCUGCAACAUCACCACCUCCUGCACUGCCUGGAGAAAACCACAUGUCACGAGUUUACAGAUGAACGUUCUUACUCCGAGGCGUGUGUGACCGAGUCGCUGGGCUAUCGGAGUAGCAGGAGCACCUCCCUCUCCUCUCAGCCGAGCUCGGGGACCUCCUGCUGCCCACGACGCAUCAAGCGGCGCCCCAGCCAACUGGUCAACUCCACCAUGUCCGUCAGUCGUGUGGGCAGCAUCCAGGAGCUCAGCAUCAUCCACAUCCAGAGCGGCAUCAAGCCGGGAGCGGCACAGAGCCGCUCGAGCCUCAACGCCAAGCUGCCCGACUCUCUCAAAGGGAACUGUUGUCCCUCUGACCUGGCCACAACCAGUGCCACCUUCCCCUCCACGCUGGCAGACACACCUGAUGACAGCCCACCCAACUCGCCGGCAAUUCUCAGGAACUCUGGACUCACAGCUGCCUACCCUCCGGACACCAUCCGAAUCUCGUCCUUAUAG